AUGGCUAUGCUGCCCUGCCACCUUCCUUGCCUUCCUACUCUGGUGACUGGGAGGCCAAAAUGCACCACAACUACCACAACCAGUUUCAUGCUCAGCUCCAGCAUUGCAAGCUCAAUGAUCCUUAUAAGGAUGCAUGAUCUCUCCAAGGACACUGCAAGGAUCCAACAAACCCUGGAGAGGAGCAAAGAGGAGCAUGAGCACUGGAUGAGUAAGGAGCAGAAGAAGUUGCAGAAGAUGGUUGAUAAGGCAAAACAAAAGCAACUCAUCAGGGACUGGAAGGAGUGGUUGCAUAAUAAAAAGGCAUGGUCAAGUUGUCAGGCCCAGGUUGAUGCCUAUGACAAGCUACUCCAUCAGGCACCAACACCAGGUUGGAAGUUGCCACCAGGCUGGAAGUGCCCUCCCCCACCCUCAGGAAAACUCUUUUGA